AUGGAAGUUGACGAAGAGGACCCCUUAGGUCUUAGAAACUUGGCAGUUCAGUAUGAUUACUUGAUGUUCAAAAUUAACGAUAGGCUCUCUACACUCUCCGAUCAAACUUAUCAGUCAGUUAUUUCUAAGCAAAACGCUAUCGAGAAUAAUUAUAUAGGCGACCAGUUGAAAUUGACAGAACAAAUCAAGGAGAUUGACGAUAUUAUCCUUUCUUGCAAAGAAAUCGAGUUGGAGCUUAUGAAGUUGGACCAGAUAGAGUCGUUUGUUAGUGAUUUUAAGGAGAGAGUUGUAGCAUUAGAGGAACAAUUUAGUAAGUUGAUGUAG